AUGGUGGCUGCAGCGCCCAGCAGCGAAACGCAGCGUCUGAAGCACGCGCUGGCGGCUGGGGGGGGCGGAGGCGGCUACGGCUCUAUUCCGCUCGCGAAGGACCUAGAGAAGGGGACGUGCGGAGGUGCAGGAACGGCGGCGAUCUCGACGUGGCAGUCCAUCGCCGAGACAGCGCAACUCGCAAGUCUUUUCGCCGUCUGGUAUGUGCUGAAUGUGCUGUACAACAUCGACAACAAGAGGGCGCUCUCGCUCCUGCCGCUGCCGUGGAUGGUCUCGACGUACCAGCUGCUCUUCGGCUGGAUCUUCUUCGUGUCGGCGUGGCUGUUUGGCUUGCGCCCUAUACCGCGGUGCUACUCGAAAGCCCUCUUUCUGAGAGCGGUUGUUCCUCAAGGCGCCUGUCACUUCCUCGUCCACUUUGGAGCGGUGGUAUCCAUGUCAAUCGGGGCAGUCUCCUUCACGCACAUCGUAAAAGCUGGCGAGCCCGUCUUAACCGCGCUGCUCUCUGCAGCGUUCCUGCAUCAGUACUUCUCGUGGCAGACGUACACGGCACUCGUCCCCGUAGUCGCCGGUGUGGCUCUCGCCUCCCUCACGGAGCUUUCCUUCACGUGGGCUUCCUUCGCGUGCGCCAUGAUCAGCAAUCUGGGAAGCAGCAGCCGCGCCAUCUUCGCCAAAAAGGUCAUGGCAGACCGCGCUGCCGUCGGAGAAAACCUCACAAGUCCAAAUAUGUACGCCCUCCUCACCAUUGUAGCGACGCUCAUCUCGCUGCCGCUAGCCCUCCUGUUCGAAGGGGGGGUUGUUGUCUCCGUGUGGCAGCAGGCAACCAGAGCGGAAACUGGGGUCACUUCAGCGGCGAUCCUGCUCAAAAUGAGCGAAAGCGCGCUUUGGUACUACACCUACAAUGAAGUGGCGUAUCUCUGCCUCGAACGCGUGAAUCAAGUCACACACGCCGUCGCAAACACCCUCAAGAGGGUCGUCAUCAUUGUCGCCUCCGUCUUCGUGUUCAGCACCCCAGUAACCCUCCUCGGUGCAGCAGGCAGCGCAGUCGCUAUCCUCGGCACGCUUUUAUACUCCCUCAGCAAAUCAAAAUACGGAUAG